AUGUCAAAUAAGAUGAUUGAUCAUUACGACACAGAUAGCACAUAUGAUUUCAAGAAUGUGCAAAAUGACUAGCAGGAGAGAGGAGCAGCUAAUAAUGACUUAGAUUUUAACUCAUUUUACUAGAGGAAGUUUGAGUAGAGUAAUGCAGGUAACCCAAUGCUGGUGCACAGCGGAAAUGAAAAGUAAUUGUUCACAAAUAUGAUCGUAAAUAUAUUUGUGCCUGUCGACCCCACACUUAUUAACUCUCAAUUCAAUUUAAAUGAUACUCUGGACGAUGAGCCAGAGAAAUUAGAGCGUUUGCAGUACUUUUGCGAAGUGCCAGAUUACACCACAGCAGAAGUACUUCUUUUAAAAUCUAUUGACAAUUUUAACAGUCAGCUGAGCUAAAAGAAUAGUGCUAUACAGCUUGUCAAUGAUUUAAGUAAAUUCUCAUUGAGAAUUGGGAAAAAGAAAAACGGGAAACCCAACUCUGAUUACCCUAAAGUUGAUCUUUCACAGAACAUUGUAGAUGUAGACUUUACCAACUUUUGCGUAGUAUAUACUUGGGAAGGUGUUGUCAACCAACUCAUUACUAGCACUCAAAGCAACUUAUUAAGAGUAUAAAAAGGAGGAAUUACAAAGAAUGAAUCAAGUGCCUAUGAAAAAAUGAGUUUGAUGAACAGUUCAUACAACUAAACUCUGGCUACUGAGGCAGCUGAUAGCAGAUAGACUUAGAAAGGCAUUCUAGCUAACUAGCAUCAGAAUUAGCAAGCAUGCUGCAACUGCAAUAUAUUCUGA